AUGGAGGUCGCUCGUGCUGCUGGUGCUGGAGCUACUGGAGGUGCUGCUGCUGGCGGUGCUGCUGGCGCUGCUGGAGGUACUGCUGGUGCUGGAGAUGCUGGAGCUGCUGGAGGUGCUGCUGCUACUGGUGGUGCUGCUGGUGCUGCUGGAGCUGCUGGAGGUGCUGCUGGUGCUGGGGCUGCUGGAGCUGCUGGAGGUGCUGCUGGAGCUACUGGUAGUCCUGCGGGUGCUGUAGCUGGAGACCCUGGAGCUGAGCCUACUGGUGGUGCUGCUGGUGCUGGAGCUGCUGGAGGUGCUGCUGCUGGCGGUGCUGCUGGCGCUGCUGGAGGUACUGCUGGUGCUGGAGCUGCUGGAGGUGCUGCUACUACUGGAGGUGCUGCUGGUGCUGCUGACACUGCUGGAGGUGCUGCUGGUGCUGGUGGUGCUGCUGGUGCUGCUGGAACUGCUGGAGGUGCUGCUGGUGCUGAGGCUGCUGGAGCUGCUGGAGGUGCUGCUACUACUGGAGGUGCUGCUGGUGCUGCGGACCCUGGAGUUGGAGCUGCUGCUGGUGCUGCGGACCCGGGCGUUGGAGCUGCUGCUGGUGCUGCGGAGCCUGGAGUUGGAGCUGCUGCUGGUCCUGGAGGUGCUGGAGCUACUGAUAGUCCUGCGGGCGCUGUAGCUGGAGACCCUGGAGCUGAGCCUACUGGUGGUCUCUCUGCUGGUUCUGGCGGCGCUACGCGGCCGCAGCCGUACUUCGUUCCACUCCUUCAGCAGGUUCUUGGUCAGUCGCCUCCUCCCUGUCCUGCUCCCUCCUUAGAGUGUCUUCCGCCAGUCCAGUCGCAGUCACAGUUACCUCCUGCCUUACCACUCCCUGGUCCUUCUCCUUACACUGGUCCGACUGGAGGUCUUACAGAGCGUCGUGAGCCUGAGUCUCGUCCUGCGUCGCCCGAGUCUCGUCGUGCGUCCCCUGUUCGUGCUGCUCACACUGGUCGUCGUGUCCCUCGCCAGCGUCCUCCUGCUGUCCCAGGCACUCACCAGAUGGCGCUUUGUCCUUCCUCUGCUCCUCAGCGCGUCCCCCUGCCGUCUCCUCCUGCGUCCUCUCUUCCUACUCUUGCUGACCCGGAGUCUGACUCCCUUCGUGCUGCCAGUCCUACUGUCACGCGUCUCCUGGCCACUGUUGUCACUGACCCUUCCUUUGAGUCCUCUGCUGCGUCUGCUCUAGUAGCUGAGUUAGUUGACUUUGCUGCCGCUUGUCGUCUCGACUACGCCGCUAGCCUUGUCGCUAAGUCUGAGUCUGAGUCUGUCUGUCCUCCGUCCGUCGGGGGUGAGUGUGCUCUUGGCACGGACGUCCUUGAGGACAGGCAGGAGGAGUUUGAGUGCUUUGCCGCUGCUUUACCUCAUCUCGUGUCCAUGCUGGUUGCCCCUGAGGGAGACCCGGAUGCUCCAGACAUCCCGACCCCGCGCUCUUACGCUGAGGCGAUCGCGGGUGAGUACUCCUCUCAGUGGCAGACAGCCAUGGACGCAGAGAUGGCCUCCUGGAAGUCCACAGGCACCUACGUCGACGAGGUUCCCCCACCUGGGGCGAACAUCGUCAGUGGCAUGUGGAUUUUCAGGGUGAAGCGGCCGCCGGGUUCUCCGCCUGUCUUCAAGGCGCGUUACGUUGCACGAGGCUUCAGUCAGCGAGAGGGAGUUGACUUCUUCCAGACCUUCUCCCCGACCCCGAAGAUGACCACUCUUCGGGUUCUGCUGCAAGUCGCCGCUCAGCGUGACUACGAGCUCCACUCUCUUGACUUCAGCACUGCUUUCCUACAGGGCAGCCUGCACGAGGAGAUCUGGCUGCGCCGCCCACCUGGCUUCACUGGGUCGUUCCCUCCUGGUACCCAGUGGAGCCUCCGGCGGCCAGUCUACGGUCUCCGCCAGGCGCCGCGUGAGUGGCACGACACACUGAGGACUACACUUGCGGCUCUUGGGUUCGCUCCUUCUACUGCUGACCCGUCGCUGUUUCUACGCACCGACACUUCGCUGCCGCCGUUCUACAUCCUCGUGUACGUCGACGACUUGGUCUUUGCCACUGCUGACACUGCGGCACUCGCCCACGUGAAGUCGGGGCUGCAGAGGAGACACACGUGCACAGACCUGGGUGAACUGACAAGCUAUCUUGGCUUGCGGAUCACCCGGGACAGAGCACGGCGCACCAUCACCUUGACUCAGUCACACAUGGUGCAGCAAGUCCUUCAGCGUUUCCGCUUCACGUACUCCUCGCCUCAGGCCACUCCUCUGCCUACCGGUCACUCGCUCUCAGCUCUGCCUUCGGAUGAGUCCGUAGAGUCGAGUGGCCCGUGA